AUGGACCUCUCCCCGACCUUCAACGAAGCCCUGCACCGGCACAACAAGCCGCCCAUCCAGCCCCAUGCCUUUGACUUGGAUGGCGUCGAGGCCUUCAUGAAGGAAGCCUACCGCAUCAACAAGCACAUCUCCGAGCUCAACCAGUACCUCCGUUCCAUACGCCAGUCCUAUCUUUCGGCCGCGCAGCCUCCUCGCCGAAGCCAACUCGCGCGCACCAAUUCGUCAUCCUCGAUACCACAGCACGAGAAGGAGCGCAAAUACCUAACCGAUGCCCAGCGCGAACAGAUCGAUGCCGAGACCAAGCAGCUGCUCCGCGAGCUGAGCGGCGCAAUCAAAAACCUCGCCGACGCAGAAAAUGUACGCCAGUCCGCCGAUGAGACCAUUGCGCUGCGGAAGCGUGCAACCAAAGGGCUGGGUGCGCUUGGAAGAUGGGCAGCCGGCGGCGCAAUCACGGCGAAGAGCCCUGAGGAGGAGCUGGAGGAGGCAAAGCAGAACACCAUCAAGAUACACCGCGAUGGUGUCAUAUGGUUCCUCAGCCGGAAGCUCGAAGAGGUCAGCGGCUUCCAGGCAUCCAUGAUGGAGAUUCGGCUGGAGAGAGAGCGGGAGAAGAGCAAGAGCGUGCUCUACAAGGCGCGCAGCGUCGCGUUACCCCCGAUGGACGACCCGAGUGGAUACUCUGGCACGAAAGCAGCAGGUCUAGACGAGAAGACUGGGCAGCAUGUGGAGCAGGAACUGAGCGCGGAACAGCUCCAGCUUUUUGCGGAAGAGAACCAGGACAUGCUCAAGCAUUACGAAGACACGCUGGACAAAGUGCGGACAACGGAGCGAUCUCUCCUCGAGAUAUCGGAGCUGCAAAGCACGCUGGCCACCAACUUGUUCGAGCAGCAGGCGCAAAUCGAUCAGCUGGUGCAAGACUCGCAUCUCACGGCGGAAAACGUUGGCAGCGGCAACAAGGAGCUCAAGAGGGCGACGGAGAGGAGGAGCAUCGCGCAGGCCAUCUUCUACGCGACGUGCGCCAUGUGCGGGACGCUGGUGGUGUGGGACCUGAUCAUAUAG